AGCUUCCUUCUUAAAAAAAAAUACCCUAUUGGAUCUUCCCCGGCGCAUUUACGAUUGUACCCCUUCUGGUUAUGAUAGCCCCCGGUCGGCGUCAACCUCCGAGCCGAAGCUCCUUCACAGCUCUCGGCUUCCCUCGCCGUCGUUAUGUGAGGUACCGCCGAUUGAUGAGCUAGUUCAACCACCAACACCGCUUAACCAAACGCCGUGGGAAAGAAAUCCUGAAGUUCAUUACAUCUUUGCCCCUCUGUUUUUUCUUGUAUUUUUCUACUUCAACAUGCCGAGUCCAAACAGCCACCGGCGGGGAAGGUUGUCGGUUGAGAGACCUUCGUCUUGCCACGGCCACAACGCCAUGGCUCCGACUCCGCUCCGCCGUCCGAAGACUGACCCUGACCUUCUGUCUUACCGGAACCACGCCGGAUCGCCGCCGGAGGGUCUGCCGAGACAGCCGCCGAAGCUGCUGCUCAAGGUGACGGUUCUUGGAAGCCUCGGGCCUGUGCAGGUUCUCAUGAGGCCGGAAUCCACCGUCGGCGAGCUGGUGGCGGCGGUGGCGCGGCAGUAUGUGAAGGAAGCUCGCCGUCCGAUCCUGCCGACCAACGACGCCUCCGAUUUCGACCUUCAUUACUCGCAGUUUAGCCUAGAAAGUUUGCAUAGGGAGGAGAAGCUAGUAGAACUUGGGUCUAGGAACUUCUUCAUGUGCCCGAGGAAAAAGCUUGCCGCAACCACCCCUGCUGCCGUUGAAGGCGGUGGCGUGACGUUGACGACGGCGUUUGCGUCGUGUGCGAAAGAGGCCGGGAAAGGUUCCGGUAGGGAUGGUGGUGGUUUUGGUUGGUUGAAACUCCUGCGUUUCAUGCUGUGAUUGCCUGAUUGUUUGGUUAGUUAUUGUUUGUCUCAAAUAAAUAUUUGGACAAUGAAUUCAAUGCCGGUUACAUGUACAAAUUGGUCUCGGCAAGAAUUGAUAGUUGUGGGCAUUCGAAGGAAAAUUGUAAAAAUUGUAUGUAUGAUUUUUGGAUACAUACAUGAUAAUCUUAAAAGCUGCUCUUAAUUUAGUCCAA